CAACGUGUCUGAGAAUGCAGAGGUAGCGCAGAGUAAAUUUCGCCGGAUCUUCCGGUCCGCGCGUGGCCGCGACUCUCAAUCGUCUUCCAUCACGACUCCAUUUGAUGAUAAAACGCCUUAUCGCGUCCAUACGCCCUAUCCGGCCAAAGAUGCUCCCAAAUCAAGUGCGAUUUUCCAGUGGAGAUAAUGGAGACACGUCAAGAUGGCCUUGCCCUAUUUACGCGUCGGAGAGAAUCACCAUCCACAAGUCCACCUUCCUUGCACAUGCUACCGAGAUUCGAGAUGCAGAAAUGUUGCCUGUAUUUAUAGACCAUCUCACGAGUCUACCUCAAUUGAAACGGGCGACCCAUUGCAUGUACGCUUACCGCGUGUCAUCUUCUCCAUCUGAAUCCACGAAGCUCUCGCUUGGACAACAAGAUGGCGGCGAGAGCGGCGCUGGGGACCAUCUGGCACGCCUGCUGGAGCUGUCACGGUGUGAAAAUGUUGUCGUUGUGGUCUCAAGAUGGUAUGGCGGAGUACAGUUGGGAUCAGAACGGUGGCGGAGGAUAUCAGAGGUUGCGAAGGAUGCAUUGAAUAAAGGUGGAUUCAUGAGGAAACGGGAAGAAAACACGAUAAAGCCAUCUACUACGAAGAAGAGGAAGAAACAAAAGAAAAAGAAGUGACCAUACCCGAUGGAAGAUUCGUCGCUUCGCGUCAUCUCAUACGAAAAAUGUGGCCCAAACGGCUGAAAAAGUCACGCUCAACAGAGUCUCCCAGAGGUGUAUCUGGACUGAGCCUCCAACAUUCCACAGAGUCCACGCUCGGCAAAGGGAGGAACAGGAUACCGUAGUGAGGAAGGAUCUUGGGGAGAAUGUAAUUGUGCAUAUAUACUGUGUGCGUUGUGAAUAAAUGUAUACAUUAAAUAAGGGAUGCGCUGACCUUGAGCCUCAUAGUAUAAAGAC